AUGGUGAAUCGCCGGGAUUAUGGUGCUCCACCAAGACACCGUGAUGUCCACAACGAAGAGGAAGUGCUUCGAAUAUUCGAGAACAAUCCUGGAAGCAGUGUACGUCGCGUAGCACACGCACUUGGUAUAUCGCGAACAACAGUGCAUCGUAUUAUCCGCCAAAAUGGUUUGCAUCCUUACCAUUACCAACGUGUGCAGCAACUUUUGCCGCGAGAUGCAGAACAGCGAAUCUGCUUCUGUCAAGGGUUACUGGCACAGUAUCGGCAGGAUGUGACAUUUCCUGACCGUAUUUUGUGGACGGAUGAAGCUACGUUUACUCUUAAUGGCGUCUUCAACUCUCGCAAUUUCUUGCUCUGGCAAGAGGAAAAUCCUCACGCCAUACGGGAAGGUAUUUUUCAAUAUCGCUGGUCCAUUAAUGUAUGGGCAGGAGUAACAGCGGACCGAGUGAUAGGCCCAUAUUUUCUGCCGCCACGUCUUAACGGACAGGCGUAUGGACACUUCCUUCGUAACGAUUUGCCGAUACUUCUGGAGGACGUUCCUCUCCACAUGCGGCAAAUACUAGUAUUUCAACACGACGGAGCUCCGGCACAUUCCGCUCGUCAAAUACGGCACAUUUUAAAUACGCGUUUUCCGGAAAGGUGGAUGGGUCGAGGUGGCCCAAUCACCUGGCCGGCACGGUCGCCAGAUUUGAACGUGCUCGACUAUUUUGUUUGGGGCUAUGUUAAAGCUUCAGUCGAGCACAGGCGUGAUGGUAAUGAAGAUGAAGUACGUGAAGCAAUUGUUGCGGCCUUUAAUACCAUCACGCCGGACAUGGCGCACCGUGCGACGCAACAGAUAAUUCGAAGAGCUGAACUCUGUUUACAAGCAGAAGGAAGCCACUUCGAACAGUUAUUGCCUUAA